GUGCCAAUCCAAAUAUUAUGGAUUUCUAUGGAAGGACUGCUGUACACUAUGCUGUGUAUAAUGAAGAUACAUCCAUGAUAGAAAAACUUCUUUUUUAUGGUACAGAUAUUGAAGAAUGCAGCAAGAAAAUUAAAGCAUUUCACAAUAAAUGUACUUCUUGCUGCUGUUGACAAGUAUUGUAUGUGAAGGUGAUUUCAUUUGAAAGUGAUCCCUCUGUGGAAAGGCUUAAGAGCGAGAAAUGAAGAAAAGGAGAGCAAUCAGAAAUGCACAAGCUAAUUUGGAAAUUAGUAUGAAUAUCAACCCCUUUUACUUGCUGUGAGUCGAGCAAAAGUGAACAUGGUGGAAUUUUUAUUAAAGAAAAAUGCAAGCGUAAAUGCAGUUGAUUUUCUUAACAGUGUCUUCUGAGAAACAACCAGCCUGUAAGGUUACAAGUGACCAGAAAGAUUCUAUUUUGAAUAUCGCCACAGAAAUAAAGGAUGGACGAAAAUCUGGGACAGUGUCUUCUGAGAAACAACCAGCCUUGAAGGCUACAGGUGAAAAGAAUGAUUCUGUUUUAAAUAUAGCCACAGAAAUAGAGGAGGGACCAACAUCUGGGACAGUGUCUUCUCAGAAACAACCAGCCUUGAAGGCUACAAGUGACAAGGAAGAUUCUGUUUCGAAUAUAGCCACAGAAAUAAAGGAUGCACAAAUAUCUGGGACAGAUGCAUUUGGAACAUUUGCAUAAAAGAAGAUUUGAUUUUGGAAACUCCAGGAACUGCUGGAAACAGGAAACAAUGUUAUAAUUGGGGUAAACCACACCAACUCAUUACUCCUCUUUGUUACUAUCAGGCAUCACAUGUACAUGUUUUGUUGAUUUUAGUUAUAAAAAUUAGAUAAAUGUUUGUUUUGUUUGAUGUUUGUUGGUUUAAAGUCUGUUUUAUCAGAGACUGGGUUUGUAACUGCUGCUUUUUUUUGUUUUCCAUUUGCUUGGUAGAUCUUCCUCCAUCCCUUUAUUUUGAGCCUAUGUGUGUCUCUGCUUGUGAGAUGGGUCUACUGAAUACAGUACACUUACGGGUCUUGAGUCUAUCCAAUUUGCCAGUCUGUGUCUUAAUUGGAGCAUU